AUGGCCGACGGUGCUUCAGGCUCAACAGAACGCUCUGUGCAAGUCAAGCUGGUCUUAUUAGGCGAGGCCGCUGUGGGGAAGUCGUCCGUAGUGCUGCGAUUCGUCAACAAUGAGUUCCAACCCAACAAGGAGCCUACGAUUGGUGCCGCAUUCCUGACGCAGAAAUGUCGCCUCGAGGAUCGUAUCCUACGAUAUGAGAUCUGGGAUACGGCCGGCCAGGAACGAUUCCACUCUCUUGCUCCCAUGUACUAUCGCAAUGCUCAAGCUGCUGUAGUUGUCUACGAUGUCACGAAGGCAUCCAGUCUCGAGAAGGCGAAGACAUGGGUGAAGGAGCUGCAGAGACAAGCCAACCCCAACAUUGUCAUCGCCCUCGCUGGAAACAAAGUCGACCUUGUACAACCCUCUCCGACGUCAUCAUCCCCCACACCAAACCUCGAUGGUGAGGAAGAGGCUGACGAUGCGACUGCCACCCCCGGAGAGAACGCUGAGUCUCAGGGUGGAGAAGCGGAGAGUCUCAGGCAGGUUCCUCGCGAAGAGGCCGAGGCAUAUGCCCAGGAAGCUGGUCUCCUCUUCUUUGAGACGAGUGCGAAGACCGGCGAGGGAGUUGUAGAGAUAUUCACGGAAAUUGCCAAGAAGAUUCCCAUCGACCAGAUCCUCGCUUCCUCUCGCGGAGGAACUGGUCGUCCAGGCGCUACUGGUCGUCCAGGCACUGCGCAGGAGGGCGGCGUCAACCUAGAGCAGAACGCCGCUCAGAACAAGGACGCCUGCAACUGCUGA